AGGGGAAAUAGGGGGUGGGGGAGAGAUACCAAGCAAAGAGAAAGAGGGAACAACUUGUGAACAAAAAAGAGAGUUAUGGGGAAGUCGAAAGAGCUGAAUCAAUAAGCAUCUUCCAGCUGCGAUAUUGGGUUGUGGAAGCUCUUGAGCUAACAUGUUGUUGGCAUGUUGUUGGCAUGUGAGCCGGGGUGAGUGCCCGGAGAUCCACGGUAAGGCUGACGGGAACCCAACCACCGCUCACUGUGUCUCUCGUGACUUCGUGCCAAAUCUGCACAGCUCAGCCAGAGAUCCUCGCAUUAUGUAACAGGUCUCAACGUUUCAGGACUUUUACCAAGUUUGUUUGCAAUCAGCGUUUCGACUUGAGCAAGACAGCCGUUUAGUUAACUCUUGAUGUGAAAGUACAGUACUUAAGUACUUUGCUGAGCGCCUUGGCACUUUGCAACUCAGGAACUAAGAGGGUUGUGGUAGCUGACGGGAGCAGGAUGCCUCCAGGAAUGCAAUAUCACCAGGAUCUGUGGAGCGAGGAUGAGAACCCGGACGUGGAGGUUGAGUUUCUGCUGCCAACGGGCAUUUACUUGAACUUCUACGUGCCUCGCAGCUCGACCAUCAGUUACAUCAAGAAGCUGCUAUGGCAACAGGCUCAGCAGCAGCCGCUGUUCCACACGCUGAACGAGCCGGACGCCUACGUCUUCACGUGUAUCAACCACACGGCCGAACGGGAGGAGCUGGAGGACGAGCGGCGGAGGCUGUGUGACGUCAGGCCAUUCCUCCCCGUCCUCAAGCUGGUGGCCCGAGAGGGCGAUCGAGCGGAGAAGCUCAUCAACUCCCAGAUCAGCCUGCUCAUCGGCAAAGGACUGCACGAGUUUGACUGCAUGCAGGAUUACGAGGUGGCCGAGUUCCGGUUGAAGAUGCGUCAGUUCUGUGAGGACAAAGAGUCGGAACGACUUCGGAUGUCGUGGCAGGACUGGAUGGAAUACAGCUUCCCCCGGGAACUGGAGCCCAUCCAAGAGGCUCCCGAUAACAACAUGAUCCGGACCCUGAGCAACCGUAACAUUGUCAUCAACGUCAAGUUUCAAUACAAUGAAGAAAGUUUCAGCUUCCAAAUCUCCCCCCAGUCGCACCCUGGAACUCUCAUGCAGAUGGCGGUGAAGAAAAAAGCCACAGUUUUCCGUCACAAAACCGUGGAACACACCGAAGAUUACACCCUGCAGGUGAACGGAACCGAAGAGUAUAUCUACGGCAACUACCCACUCGGUCAAUUUAAGCAUAUCUGGAACUGUAUGUACAGCAGUUCCACCCCUCACUUGACAAUGGUCCAUUCCUCCACAAUCAAUUCCUUGAAAGGGGAGCAGUCGAACAGUAUUGCGCAAGUCCCCAAGAGCCGGACUUAUUCCAAACCACCACCGUUGCCAAUUAAGAAGCAAUCUGGCAUCACCCUCUGGAACCUCGAUCAGCCCUUUACGAUCACUUUGAUGUCCGGGAGCAAAGUAAAUGCGGACGAAGGGAUGAAGCUUGUGGUCCAGGCAGGCCUGUUCCACGGCAGCGAGAUGCUCUGCAAAACCGUCUCGAGCCACGAGGUCAGUGUGUGCUCGGAGCCUGCGUGGGACCAAGCUCUGGAGUUUGACAUCCAUUUCUCCGACCUCCCGCGCAUGACCCGCCUCUGCUUCGCCCUGUACGGGGUCAUCGACAAAGCCAAGAAAGCCAGAUCCACCAAGAAGAAAUCGAAGAAAGCUGAUUGCCCCAUCGCCUGGGUGAACACCAUGGUGUUUGACUACAAGGACCAGCUGAAGACCGGGGACGUCUGGCUACACAUGUGGCCAUCGAUACCUGAUGAAAAGGGAGAGCUAUUAAACCCGAUGGGUACCGUUCAGGGCAACCCAAACACCGACAGUGCCGCAGCUUUGUACGUCCGCUUCCGCAACAUGGGAUCCUACCCGAUUUACUACCCCUCGUUCGAUAAGAUUCUUGAGUUGGGUAAGAAUGGAGACCAUUCGAAAGCUUCGCCAACGGAGCAACAGCAGCUGAAGGAGAUCAUGGAACGAAAAUCGUGCACCGAAUUCUUUGAGGAUGAGAAAGACUUGGUGUGGAAGCUGAGGUGGGAAUCGCGUGAUCAUUAUUCCGAUGCACUCGCUAAACUGCUGUCUAUAACCAAGUGGAACAAGCACGAGGAUGUGGCCCAGAUGAUUUACCUCCUGCAGUCGUGGCCGGAGCUCCCUGCACUACACGCCUUGGAGCUCCUGGACUACAGCUACCCCGAGCGCUAUGUCCGCUCCUUCGCGAUAAACUGCUUAAAAAAUCUCAGUGAGGAGGAGCUGUUUCAGUAUCUCCUACAACUGGUGCAAGUGCUGAAGUAUGAACCUUACCUGGACUCGGAACUCACAAAGUUCUUACUGAACAGGGCCCUGGCCAACAAAAAGAUAGGACACUUCCUGUUCUGGCAUCUCAGGUCAGAAAUGCAUGUCCCAGCGGUCUCACUACGGUUUGGAUUAAUUCUGGAGGCGUACUGCCGGGGAAAUAACUACCACAUGAAGUCCCUGAUGAAACAGUGCGAAUCGCUUAAGAAAAUGAAAGCCCUGAACGAUUUUGUGAAGUCGAGUUCCCAGAAGACAACCAAGCCGAAAACCAAAGAGGCCUUGCAUCUGUUCAUGAGGCAGGAAGCCUACAUGGAGGCACUCUCCAACCUCCACUCGUCCCUGAACCCCAGCAGCCUCCUCACCGACCUCUGGGUGGACAAGUGCAAGUUCAUGGAUUCUAAAAUGAAGCCCCUGUGGAUCGUGUACAAGAACGAGAAGUACGACGGCGAUCCGAUGGGCGUCAUGUUCAAAAACGGCGACGAUCUUCGUCAAGACAUGCUAACGAUUCAGAUGAUUCAGCUCAUGGAUGUCCUGUGGAAACGACAGGGCCUGGACUAUAGGAUGAUCCCAUACGCCUGCCUUUCCACCGGAGACAAGACGGGACUGAUCGAGGUGGUCUCUCGGUCCGAGACGAUCGCCAACAUCCAGCUCAAUAAAAGCAACAUGGCAGCCACGGCAGCCUUUAACAAGGACGCACUGCUGAACUGGUUAAAAUCCAAAAACCCCGGGGAAGCACUGGAUCGAGCUAUAGAGGAGUUUACCCUCUCGUGUGCUGGCUACUGUGUAGCCACGUACGUACUAGGAAUUGGUGACCGACACAGUGACAAUAUUAUGAUUCGGGAAAAUGGACAGCUUUUCCACAUUGAUUUCGGGCACUUCCUGGGAAACUUCAAGAGUAAGUUCGGGAUCAACAGGGAACGGGUGCCAUUCAUCUUAACCCACGAUUUUGUGCACGUGAUUCAACAAGGCAAAACCAGCAACAGUGAGAAGUUUGAGAGGUUCCGGAAGUAUUGCGAGCACGCCUACAUGAUUCUCAGGAAGCACUGUCCUCUCUUCAUUAACCUCUUCGCUCUGAUGCGAGCAGCUGGACUGCCUGAGCUCAGCUCCUCCAAAGACAUCCAGUACCUCAAGGAUUCACUGGCUUUAGGGAAAACCGAAGAAGAGGCACUGAAACACUUCAAAAUGAAAUUCGACGAAGCUCUGAGGGAGAGCUGGAAGACCAAGGUGAACUGGAUGGCUCAUAACGUGGCCAAGGACAAUAGAUCCUAGCUGAGCUGGAUCUAUUAUGAAGAUUAUUAUUAUAUUUAUUAUUAUGAUCUAUUAUGAGAGAGUGAGAGAUCGAGAGAGAGAGGGCGAGAUCGAAAGAGAGAGAACAGAGGACAAGUGACAGAUAAACCGCCCCACCAGCGUGUCACACCUACAAAUACUGGGACAACACUUUAGCUGACGGGCUGUGUGAGUGCGUGUGCGAAAACCACAGAAAUGUUCUCUCUCAACACUUUGUUUUGUUGCCCCCACCCCACCCACCCCACCUCUGAUGGACUGAUGGACUCCGAGAGAAAGAUAUUUACAUGAGCAAAGCAAGGCAUCAGAAUCUGGACAAUCUCCCCCCUCUCUUUCUCUCCCAUCUCCUCCUCCAACCCCUCUCCCCCACAACCCCCCACCACCACCACGAACUCGCUGGUCCUCGACUUAAAACGAACAAGGCGUUUAAAGUACUCAGACUCUUGCAGAAUUUGGGGAGAUGUUUCGGACAACUCUGCCUUUCGUUUGCCGGAAAGUUGACCACAAAGGAUGGUGUGUGUGUGUGGUGUGUAUGUGUGUGUGUGUGUGUUAAAAGAGCCGGUCAGCUCCAAGAGUCGGGGCAGUGCGUGUAUUUUUUUUCCACCACAAUAAAAAGGCUGCACAAUUA